AUGUCAUUCGGAGCCACAAACACAAUUUCCUCACUGAACGGCUGCGUAUCCUCCCUCCAAAACUCUAUCCGGCUGCUAGACUCCUCAAUAUCCAUCCUGGACUCGGGAGUCCACGAUUUCCCGCGCAUCAAGAGGGUCCUACAAUGUACUCGGGUUCGUUUCGUUUCGUCCCGAACUUGUAGACGCUACGAUAACCAGUACAGCUCGCUAAUUAAGGGGGGGUAGCACUUCGAACUAAUCUCCGAGCCAACGCUGUACGCCGCGCAGACCGCCCUCGCCGACGAGAUCGGGCCGGAAGUCGAGCACCUGCUUCGCCGGGUGGAACAGCACUUGGCCAAGAUGGAGAGGAGGGAGAAGGUGCUUAUUGCAAAGUCGGAGUUGCAGGAGGGGAGGUUGCAGCAGAAGCCUUCGCUAUCUUGUUCUGCCUCCUCGAGGCAGAGGAGCGCACUUGGCGGGAACUUUCAGAAUGCGGAGAAGCUGAGGAUGUUGAAGGGGAAGAAGGAAAGGGUGGCUCAUACGCUUGAGAGGUUAUCACUGCAGGCGAGCCACAAGGUAUGUGUCCAUUCCUUUUAGCUUGCCGGUGGGCUUUUCUACAGAACGAAGGCCGACAUUGCCCGCAACAAACAGGAAAGGCAAUUGAGAAUGACUAUGAACUACGGCGCUUCAUGACGGAGUUUGACGAUAUCGGUCUCUUGCGCGGCUAUCACUGGCGAAUCGGCGUUAUUACCACCUUAGAAUUGUUGUCAGAAUCUAGUCAGAGAUAUCCAGCAACAUCAUGCUCUCCAGC